AUGUCGCUACCAUACGACUCGCCCACCGUGUUUGUUUUGAUCGACAAGAUCGGUCUCUCGAGCGCUUGCCGCCCAAGCUCCUUAUGCAUCGCUACCAUCGUUCUUUUUCUGGUGCAACGACUGUUUUCCUGGUGGAAUCGGUACCGCAAUGUGCCCAUCUAUGGCAAGGACGACAAGGACAUGCGCAAAGCGCUCACUCAGGGAUAUGAAAAGUUCUCCGACGAUGAGCUGAAUCUGGAAGCACAUUUUGCGCUGCAUACGCUCGAGGGAACGACCAAGUUUUCGAAGACAGAGCCGCUAUUUGCCCAGCUCACCCACAAGGGAAUCAAUCGAAAUGCCCGGGAGACAGUCCAGAUCCUGGAGCAUGGGAUUCGCGACCAGCUGGAGCAAACUAUCGGAUCCUGCAGCGAAUGGACUUCGUUCAACGCAUCCGAUCUCAUCAAGGAAAUUGCAAUGGCAGGAUGUAAUCUUGUGUCCCAUGGCCCUGAAUUGGGAGCCAACAGAACAUGGCUGUCUGAGGUAGAGGGAUACCUCGAUGAUGCCAUGUACGGCUUCGUUGAUGUAAUGAACUAUCCCCAGUUCCUCCACCCAAUACUGGCCUUGUUCAACACCAAGUUCAGGCGUCUCCCAGGUCGUCUCAGAUACAUCAAACAGACCCUUCAGCCAAUCUUGGACGAAUAUCGCAAGUCCGAGAAGAAGCAGGUUGAUGGAAUACAGUGGGGGUGGGACCAUGCCAACAAAGAGCAGCAGGACCUGGAAUACCAGGCCCUCACGCACAUCAUUCUCUAUUACUUCAACUCCAUCUUCAUUAUGCCUACGCUCGUUGUCCUCUUCUACGACCUCAUCUCUCAUCCGGAAUGCAUCGAGCCUCUGCGAGAGGAGAUCCGCCAAGUCUUUGGCGACGGUCCCCCGGCAGAGCUUACACCAAGCAAGCUUGAUCGGCUUCUUAAGCUAGACAGUUUCCUCAAAGAGUCGCAGCGGGUUGCGACUCCAACUCUAUAUACAAUGGGACGCAUGGCCCAGAAGGAGGUGCGACUCAAGAGCGGCGCAGUUCUGCCGCCAGGUACGCCGCUGGGUGUGCCACUUUGGCCAUUGGCGCACGACCCGGAGUUAUGGGAAGAGCCUGAUGUGUUUGAUCCAUGGCGACACGAGAAGUUAGGGAAGAAGGAGGGCAAUCAUAUCGACAACCUCAUGACGGCUGCGCGACCACGCUGGCUCCUCUGGGGCCGCGGGCGCCACGCUUGCCCAGGCCGCUUCUUUGUCGUUCACGUCAUCAAGAUCACCACCGUGAUGAUCCUCUCCCGAUACGACAUGCAAUUCGCAGACGGAGUUGCGCCGGUUGGGGAGUACAUUGGGUCGGGCUACAUGCCGGAUCCGACCGCAAAGAUCCAGCUUCGGUCGACAGCAGCGCCAUGA